CCAACACCAACGCGCCCUGCCAGUCAAGAUGGUCCUGCCCCUCUCCCGCCCUGCGCCCCGCCAUAGUGGGGUGCGGUUGGCUCGAUCGAAACAAUUUUUCUCGGGCUCCUCUCGGUCUGCUGCCAAAUUUCCAACGCUUCUUGAUCGAGUUAAAGUGAGAUCCAUAAGAAAUUUGCCGGCGAGAAGCAGAAGAACCAAAUCGGGCUCUAGCCACUGUCGCCAAACCUGACCCUUCCGCGCCGCUUAUCCAUCUUACUCUCUCCCGCUCCCGCGCAACCCCGCCAUCCUUCUCAACCCCUCCUCCCUCUUCCCGUCUUGUCAAUCCAUAUUUCGCGACGCCAACGCGCCGACCGUCAAGAUGCCUGAGAAAGUCUACGUCACGUACAAUGAUGUGCACAAGCUGUGUCAAGAGGCGGCGCCCAAGAUCCUCGAGGAGUUCCAGCCGCAGCUGAUCAUCGCCAUCGGCGGCGGCGGAUACGUGCCGGCGCGGAUCCUGCGGUCGUUCCUCAAGCGGCCGGGCAGCACCAACAUCCCCAUCCAGGCCAUCGGGCUGUCGCUGUACGAGACGCUGACGGGGGCGGCCGACGCUGAGGUCGAGGAGCCCGGCACCAAGGUGACGCGCACGCAGUGGCUGGACCUGAGCGCCCUGGGCGAGAUGGACAACCUGGUCGGCAAGCGCGUGCUGAUCGUCGACGAGGUCGACGACACGCGCACGACGCUCGAGUACGCCGUCAAGGAGCUCGAGAAGGACGUCGAGGUCGCGCGCGCGCGCCUCGGUGGCGCCGAAACCCAGUUCAGCAUCUUUGUGCUUCACAACAAGGACAAGACAAAGAAGGGCACGCUGCCGCACAACAUGGUCGAGCAGGGCCGGUACCUGGCGGCGCGGACGGUCAGCGACGUGUGGAUCUGCUACCCGUGGGAGGCGGUCGACAUUGACGAGCACGACAAGCACGCGCAGGAGCAGAACGCCGACGGCCGCAAGCUCAACGGCGAUGCGUAGAAUGUUUCAUGGGCAGAGGAAAUCAAAAAAAGGAGAAACAAUAAAUAACCAAAAAAAAAAAAGAAUAAAGAGAAGGGG